UGUAUAUGGAUAUAUAAUUUAGUCAUUAUUGUUUUCGCUAACUAUUUACUCAUAAUUAUCUUAUUACUUAUAUUAAGCUCCAGUAUAUACGGGGAUAACAGUUAGUAGGGCAUAAUCAUAUGGUCUAUUAGUAUUAUUUCACUAACUAGUACAUGAGGUUCUCAAUCCCAAAGAACUCUUUUGUGAUGGGGAACUUGCGGCCUAUUUUUUUAUUCUUUAUGAAAUAUGUUAGUUAAAGUGAUUAUUAAAGUGAUUGCUAAUAGAAUGAAAGAGUUAUUGGAUAUUUUUGUAAAAUUGUACAACUUACUUAAUAUUUUUUUUUUUUUACAUAUCGAGAUUACUUAUUAUCACAAUAAAAAUGCAAAUAAUUUAUUACCUAUUUUGUUAUUUUUGAAAAUUAAAAUUUUAAUAUAUUUAUUGUUAAAAAAAUAAUAAUUAAUUUGUCACAUCAAAUAAUUAGUUUUAACAUGUUAAUAAUUAUUUUAUUAUUUCAUUAAACAUUAAAAAUGACUAGAGAAUUGUACUCAGGUUUAAAUUAGUAUUUCACUUCAACUAGUAGUUGUAUAUAGAAUCUUACAAGUAGUUGAAUUACUCUUGAAAUAGUGCAUUUUGGCGGAAAAAGAUUCUUGAAAAUUUUACACUAUAUAGUCAUGAUUAGUGGAAUGGGUUAAAUAGUAACAAGAUUCAAUACUUCUUGAAUCUUUAAACAGUACAUGACCGACUUCUUAAUUACUAUAUAUAUACACAUUUGUGUACGUAACAGACACCAAAUUCAUAUCAUCACGUUGUUUUGAAAACAGUCAAAAUUUUCUUGAAGCUAGAGUUCGGUACUGAAUCAACGAAGAUAGCUUUUCUUUCUUUUGCUUUGGAAAAGAUUAUUUACAAUAAGCUUUUCAAAGUAAAAACAUGGAUCUAAAUAGAAGUGAUGAUGAUGGGGAGGAGGCACAAUCCAACUUUACUGAUCGGAGAGGAACUGGUGAUUUGUCUUCCAUUGUUGAAGACUUUUUCAAGAGAAGAAAACCGCAAGAACAACCUAAUAUGGAAUUACCAGUACAGCAAGAACAACCUAUUACGGAACUGCAACUAUCUUCUUCUUCUUCUUCUUCUUCUUCUAGGGAAUUACCACCACGCCACAAGAAUUCAAACUUGAAUGUGCAAUUAACAGGACCCCCAGAAGGGUAUGCCUAUGCGAGUAAUAUGCAAAUAUCACAAUUAGGAAAUAUGCCGCUUCAUUUGCCUCUUGCUGGUAUAUCGCCUAUAAAGAAUUAUCCAAACUUCUUUUUGGAAUCAAUAUCUCCUGGACUAACUAAUAUUUUGUCACCUAAUCAACAACCUAUGAUGUCUCCCUAUGAAUUUCGAAACAUGAUGCAUCAAUUCUGGGUUAAUAAUCUGCAAUCGCCACAUGUGAAUAUUCCUUCGGAUACAGGACCCCAAAAAUCAGAAGAGGGAAUUGUGGGGAGUUCUUCUCGGCAUACUAUCAUCGUUACAGAAGGAGAAGACAUCAUAGGAAGGAUAAGAUCAUUUUCGGCAGAGAUGGAAGUGGCGCCAAGUAGUGUGUUCGUUAUGGCAGCACUUGGUGGUGUUAAUAAUCCCAUUUUGAAGCUCUACACAGGCUCAAUCUUAGUGUAUGAGGGAGCAUACCUGAUAUUUAAAUUUUGUAACACUAUUAGUAAGGAUGGCUCAAGUGAGAAUUUUGAGCUUUCUAUUUUCAAUCAUUCUUUGGAUGGCCUGGCCAAUACUGAUGGAGUUAUUACUGGAGAAGUUAAUGGAAUGCUCAUUGCUGCAGGGACAACCUACGUCCAUGUAAUGGUGACGAGAGGAGCUUAAUUAGUACCAGUCACUCAUUCUUUUCUAGGCUUUUACAUUCUUCUUUUAUUAUAUAAACAUUAGUAUAACUCUACUGUGUGCACGUAUGAUCACGAAUUCACUAAUACAACUUUGUUUUUUAGCUUAAA